AUGUUUAGAGUUUUACUUUCGCUGCUGCUGCUGGGCUUCUGUUCCUGCACUUUUGCUGGGUUCCUGCAUGCUCCCCCACCAGCUCCUGUUGCUGUACAGGCUGUUUACAGUGCGCCACCUGCUGUGGCGUAUGCUGCACCACCGCCUGCACCACAUGCGUAUGUGAAGUACGCUGCGCCCGCUCAUCAUGUCAGCACUUAUGCAGCGCCUUCUCCCGUUAUCAAGUAUACGCUGGGUGCGCCAGUCACCACCACAACUACAACUUAUACUGGUUUUGCUGCACCACCACCACCAGCAGCUGCUGUCAGCUAUGCUGCACCACCUCCACCCGCUGUUCACUACGCUGCACCACCACCAGCUGUUCAUUAUGCUGCACCACCUCCAGUUGUUCACUACUCAGCUGCCCCGCCAGCUGUUCACUAUGCAGCACCCCCACCUCCAGCUGUUCACUAUUCAGCUGCACCACAGCCAGCCACAUUUGUCACCAGAUUAGCUGCACCACCACCAGCACCUUACCCGUAUCACACCAAAUUCGCAGUGCAUGCCGCACCUCCAACUGCGAUUGCAACUUAUGCAGCACCAGUCGCUGCUGUGGAAGCUGAAGUUCCACUGCCAUGCGACACCACCUGGUAA